AUGGCAUCAAAUAUUAAACAAGACUCCGUAUCUAUUGUGAAUGAAACUGAAUCAAAUUCAACAAAUAUUAUCAGUGAUGAUAAACCGAAUAGUAAUGAUUUAUUAUUUGAAUCAGAUGAAAUAUCAUCAGACGAACAAUUGUCUCAAAUUCUUGCUACAAUUAAUCAAACAUCUGAUGAUCGAACAACAACACCAACUUCAGAAACAAGUGAUACGGUUGAUAAUGCUGUAACUGUUGAACAAAAACCAGAAAAAACUCGAAAUAUUCAAACACCUAUUGGAGCUAAACUAGCGAAGAAACUAGAAACAUUUGCAAAUAAAAAAUCAGCCGAGGAUAAUAAACAAAAUCAAGCAAACGGAAAAACAACAACAACUCCAGCAGCAUCGUCAACAACCGCAACAACAAAUUCAUCUGAAUCUGAGAGUAAACGACGUACAGAAAAAGCAGCUAAGAAUAUAAUGAAAAACUUAUCAGAUUCUGAUCCACAAAAGAAUUUAAUGUCAUUAUGUAUCAAAUUAGCCGAAAUACAAGAACAACAUCGUGUAACAUGUGCGAAAGUGAAUGAAUUAGAAAAACGUUCAAAUGUGAUAAUGCGUGAACGUGAUCAAGCAUUACUGGAGAAUGGUCGUGUAACAGCAGCCAAAGCAAAACUGGAAAGUUUAUGUCGUGAAUUACAUCGUCAUAAUCAACAAAUUCGUGAUGAAAGUAUGCAACGUCAACGAGAAGAUGAAGGUAAACGGAAAGAAUUAGCAACAAAAUUUCAGACAACAAUAGAUGAAAUUGCUGCACAGUUGAGUAAUUAUAGUGAGAAAAGUAGUAGUUUACGAGAACAGAAUGUUCAAUUAUCUGAACAAUUAGCAGUUGUAGUGAAAGAUUAUGAUUUACGUGAAAAAGAAGUUGAAGCGGCAUUGAAACAAAAAGAAUUAGAAUUACGUUUAACUGAAGCUAGUUUAGAACAAACACGUUUAUUAUUAACGGAACGAACGGAAUUGAUUAAACAAGAGCGACAAGUUUCGGAAGCAGAACGUCUCGUUUUAUUUAAAAAAUGUGAAGAAUUGGCAGCAUCAGAAUUAGGUCUAAGACAACAAGUAACCAUUUAUUCAGAACGUUAUCAAGAAUUUCAAAAUGCUAUAACACAAAGUAGUCAAAUGGUCACAUCAUGUCAUGCUGAAAUAGAAAAAAUGGGAAAAAAAAUUAAAAAACUAGAGAAAGAACGUACAGAUUUUCAACAUCGUUGGCAGUUAGCUGAACAAAAUCAGAAAAAAUCAGCCGAUGAGGUAAAUGAAUUUGAAAAAGAAAAACGACUACUGGAAAUAAAAAUGGAUAAAUUAGAAAAAUUAAGUCGAGCAUUGCAACAAGAGCGUGGAGAAUUGCAAAUUACAAUUAAAAGUCUUACAAAAGCGUCAUCUUCAUCGCCUAUAACAACAUCGAAUGGUAAUAAUAGUGGUCACCAUGAAUCGUCACUAUCGUCUCAAGUAAUAAUCGCUCAAACAACAGAGAACACUAACGAUUCUGAUGCAACAAACAGUGCUGCAGUUGCCGAUGAUAAUUUUUCAUCAUUUACUCCCAUUGUUAUACAAGAAAAUGACGAAACUAAAAACCCAACAUCAGUUGAACAAUUAUCCUCUCCUCAACCAAUAACUCAUUCGUUGUCGUCGGACAUAGCAGGUUCACCAAAUUUAUAUAAUGAUAGUGAAUUAAGCAGUUUUGUUAAAACUGUUGAUUAG